CACAAGUUGAAAGAAUACAGUGAAGACACCACGAUGACAACUGAGAUCACAACCCCAAGCUCUAGGAGCGCGCAAUGGCCGUUCAAUGUCGCCAGCUCUACUGGUGCUGAAAAUUCAACUCUCCUACACGCUCUUCUCGCUGCAGAGAGAAUCGACGAGCUCUCCGACGCCGAGAAUCACACCGCCGUCGAGCGUUAUCUCAAUUCAGAGGGCAAGGUGGAUGAACGGGGAAGAACGACCGCAGGAGUGAUGUUUUGGUUGUACCCGACAGGUCUGAAGGGUCCGUACCACGUCACGGAUGAGGGGAAGACGGAGCAACACGGGACUCUGAUUACCGUGGAGAGCGGCGUGCUCGUUGAAGAAACGAUGAGGAAGCUGAAGGAGGUAAAGGUGGACGGAAUUGCGCAUGAGCAUAUCGGCGUCGCUUGACCAAAUUACUCGUCGUGCUUUUCGAUGCAUCAACAAGUGGAGUAGUCUUUAGGUGGCAUUGUAGGAAUUAACGAACGUAGUGGCAUAUGCAUACCACACACGGAGACCGACACUCUACAUUUCCUAUGGUACAGUUGAUGCACAUAGCCUGGUGGAAUGAGAUUUUUUCCAGAGUCUCU